AAGCCCUGGAAGGACCAGAAGAGAGAGGAAAGUGAUGACUGGGACUAAGAGAUUCAGACUGGCUGAAGAAGAGCAAAUAAAGAUAAGAAAUCACAGCAGGAAGAGAAAGAUGAUACUGAGACCGUCACCUGUCCAUAAUUUUAAUCAGGAGACUGCAUGCAGCCCUUCAGUGAACAAGAGGCUGGGAGACCACUACAGGAACAAACAGGAUCUUUUAGUCUGCUGUGGAGAUAAAGGAGGCCUAUUGCACAGGGAAAAGUUCAACAACAGUGAGCCAUGCAUCUCCUCUGAAGGACAGUGGUUCACACCCUCACAGUUUGAGAAGUUUGGGGGAAAGGAGAAAAACAAAAAGUGGAAAACUAGCAUCUUUUAUCGCGAGCUUCCUUUACAAACACUCAUAGAGGGGGGCUUGCUUUCCUCUCCAUCAUUUAAACAAAAGAAGAUUCAGGAUGAAGAGUCUUCACCUGUUGGCAGGGACUCACUGGGACAGCCAAAAUGCAAGAGAGCGCUGUUUACAUCAAGUGGAAGUACCAGACAUGUUGCAAUUUCAGAGUCCAGUGCUAAAGCAGAAGAAGACAACACAGGGCCAGUGCAUCCAUUUGUGUUUCAAACUCUUACUUUACCGGUCAGCUGUGGUUCUGUCAAUGGGGUUUUAUAUAAAUGCAGAUUUGCCUCAGGGUCACGCAGUAAAAGCAUCCGCACAGAGGAGCGCUGGUUCACUCCGGAGGAGUUUGUAAAGCAGGAGUUAACUCUGAUAGACGGGCACUGGAAGAAAGAUAUUCAGUGUCAUGGCAAAACAUUAAACUACCUGCUGGAGAAGCAGAUCCUGGUGGAACAUUGCCAGUGGUGUAGUUGUAGUCAUUGCAGUACUAUGGAGCAGGAUCUGCUUCAUGAGACAAAUGAUGAUGAGUGCUUCAUCUGUAACAUGGGAGGUUACCUGCUGUGCUGUGAUGAAUGUCCAAGAGCUUUCCAUCAUCAGUGCCAUGUACCGGCUGUGCAGGACGAUUCACUGGGAGAAAAGUGGAUGUGCACUUUCUGUGUGUUGAAGACCAACCAGAGAUGCCGGCAGCCCAGACAGAUGACCGAAAAAGAAGCUCUGGACAGUUCCAUUUCUCAGUAUAUACUUAGCUCUUAGCUCUGAACAACACAGCCAGUUACUACUGAUUAACAUUUUGAACAGCUACUACCUAGAAACUAGUUACAAAUACUACCUAGAAAUAAGUUAUAAAAACAGCUGCCAAUAACCAUUUUUGCUCUGUACUAGGCAUUCAGAAGUUUAAUGGCUUGGGUCAGAAGUGUUUGAAGCUGUGUUAAAACAACAAAUGACGACCACCUGGGGGUCUCUGUCGACUGGUCUACAUGUUAAUUGCAAACUGUAGUUCAAAUUACUGUUUUAAAUAGUGUAAAAAUGGAUGUGCACAUGGAUCAACUCCAGUUACCUCACAAAGUUGGCAACCCUGUCAGUGCAGCCUGUGUUUUUAUUCAUCCUUAUGUAUUUUUUCUGUGGGUAGGGAUCCAUGGAUCUGUUCCUCCUGCAUAGCAGCGAGAGAGCCCUUAUCACAUUUCCAGGUUCUCAUUUCUGUUGGUUUCUGCUAGCAGGUAAUUUUG